UCCUUACCUUGAUAAGCAAAAACCAUAAUUGACGCCAUGUUGAAAGGCUUGGUUAUCUAAAAGGGACUUGUUUGUUUGAUAAAAUAGCGGGCGCAAACAAGCACAUUUCAGAAAUUUAUGCACUUUUCCGGCAGGAGUGCGAGUUACACGUAAUAUCCAAAUUGAAAGCAGGUGGCAUAGUUUUCACCCUUCAGAACCUGAAAAUAACUUGGACCGUUUAAAUCCGACACGUUCAAUUUCCCCACCGGAAAAGAAAACAAAAGAGAAGAAAAGGAAACGAAACGACGAAAGUUACACAAAGCUCGCUAAAAAAAAAUUCCUUCUAAUUUCCCAAAAUGCCCCUGAUCUGUCAAUCUAUCAACCUCUCAGUCUAUUCGAAAUAUUUUUGGUUUUUGUUUAGCCUCUCUUUCUGUCGGUCCAUCUUAAUCUCUGUGCGUUCCUGUUUUUGAUGGAGCCGGAGAGGAGCCAAGAUCGGGGUCUCCCCGAGAGGAAGGGACAGAAGCGGAAAUUGGAGGAAGAGAUUGAAGAGGAGCGGCAAGAGAUCUCGCCGGCGGUCCCCUUCGGCGAUGCGCGGCAAGCGCUUUUAUACGAGGUGGCUGCUCAGGUAAAUAUCCUUAACUCGACCUUCUCUUGGAACGAGGCCGAUCGGGCAGCUGCCAAACGCGCCACUCACGUCCUUGCAGAGUUCGCCAAAAACGAGGAAUUAGUGAACGUAAUUGUUGAAGGAGGUGCAGUUCCAGCUCUGGUAAAGCAUCUUCAAGCGCCGCAGUCAAGUGAAGCUGAUGUUAAUCCAAAGCCGUUUGAGCACGAGGUGGAGAAGGGGAGUGCUUUCGCGCUAGGACUGCUUGCUGUGAAGCCAGAGCAUCAGCAACUCAUAGUUGACGCUGGGGCAUUGUCACUUCUUGUGGACCUGUUGAAGAGGCACAAGUAUGGUUCUAGUUCUCGUGCAGUUAAUAGUGUAAUUAGAAGGGCGGCCGAUGCUAUCACCAAUUUAGCUCAUGAGAACAGUAGCAUUAAGACUCGUGUUAGGAUGGAAGGUGGAAUUCCUCCUCUAGUUGAGUUGCUUGAAUUCAUCGACACAAAGGUGCAAAGAGCAGCUGCUGGGGCACUACGAACCCUGGCUUUUAAGAAUGAUGAUAAUAAAAAGCAGGUGAUAAAUAUGGCCUUGGAAGUUGGACUUUAUAAGGUUGGCUUUUACAUUGGUAAUGAUAUAAACUCUUUGAUUUUGCAGAUUGUUGAAUUUAAUGCUCUUCCCACCCUCAUUCUAAUGCUACGAUCCGAGGAUGUUGCUAUACACUAUGAAGCAGUUGGUGUAAUUGGAAAUCUGGUGCAUUCAUCCCCAAAUAUAAAGAAAGAAGUCCUUGCUGCUGGUGCUUUGCAACCUGUUAUUGGGUUACUUAGUUCCUGCUGCUCUGAGAGCCAAAGAGAGGCUGCUUUGUUAAUUGGACAAUUUGCUGCAACAGACUCAGAUUGCAAGGUUCACAUUGUACAAAGGGGUGCAGUUCAACCUUUGAUAGAGAUGCUUCAGUCUCCUGAUCUGCAGCUGAGGGAAAUGUCAGCCUUUGCACUGGGGAGGUUGGCACAGGACUUGCACAAUCAAGCUGGUAUAGCUCAUAAUGGUGGGUUGGUGCCAUUACUGAAGCUUCUGGAUUCAAAAAAUGGAUCUCUUCAACAUAAUGCUGCCUUUGCUCUUUAUGGUCUUGCAGAUAAUGAGGAUAAUGUGUCCGAUUUUAUUAGGGUGGGAGGUGUCCAGAAGCUGCAGGAUGGAGAGUUUAUUGUUCAAGCAACAAAAGAUUGUGUAUCCAAGACUUUGAAGCGAUUAGAGGAAAAGAUUCAUGGACGAGUCUUAAACCAUUUGUUAUAUCUAAUGCGUGUAGCAGAGAAGGCUGUCCAACGACGCGUUGCUUUAGCUCUUGCACAUCUUUGUUCCCCAGACGAUCAGAGAACCAUAUUCAUUGAUAACAAUGGAUUGGAGUUACUUCUUGGGCUUCUAGGCUCUGCUAACCCGAAGCAACAAAUUGAUGGAGCUGUAGCUCUCUACAAGUUAGCAAAUAAAGCAAUGACUCUCUCUCCUGUGGAUGCAGCUCCCCCUUCUCCAACACCACAGGUAUAUUUAGGGGAGCAGUAUGUAAACAAUGCUACGUUGUCUGAUGUAACCUUUCUGGUUGAAGGUAGACGGUUUUAUGCCCAUAGAAUUUGCCUACUUGCUUCUUCAGAUGCAUUUCGUGCAAUGUUUGAUGGAGGUUACCGGGAGAAGGAUGCAAGGGACAUUGAAAUUCCAAACAUUAGAUGGGAGGUUUUUGAGUUGAUGAUGAGAUUCAUAUACACAGGAUCAAUAGAUAUUUCAUUAGAUAUUGCACAAGAUCUCCUAAGGGCCGCAGAUCAAUAUCUUUUGGAGGGACUUAAGCGACUCUGUGAAUAUACCAUAGCACAGGAUAUAUCACUGGAAAAUGUUGCAAGCAUGUAUGAACUUUCAGAAGCUUUCCAUGCUAUUUCAUUGAGGCACACAUGCAUUUUGUUUAUCUUGGAGCAGUUUGAUAAAUUGAAUGCCAAGCCCAGGCACUCUCAUUUGAUCCAGCGUAUUAUACCCGAGAUUCGGAAUUACUUUUCCAAAGCACUUGCCAAACCUAACCCACAUAACUUGCGGCUGUAGAUUGCUGGUAUUUGAUUCUUGGUGUCUGACUAGAUAACGUUGUACAGAGAGUGGUAGAUCUUCUCAUUGAUGUCCAGCCAUUUGAAAGUCCUAAUAGGUUGGUUAACUUCCCUGGUGCCAGAGUGCUACUGCUUGCGUAUGGACUGUAACAUUGUUUCCAUUUUAUUGGAUGUCGUCGAUGGGCUAUGUUCUUCACCAACAUUACUGUUGUUGCCAUGUAUUGUUAUGCAUUUUACAACUCUUUUAGUGAGUUGGCAUUUGGUGAGAGAGCAAUAGUUGAUUUCCUGAAAUUCUGAAUUUCAGGUCUAUAAUCUAAUAUCUUUCUCAAGGACUCGGGUGCUUUAAUUUGUUCUAGCGCUAUAAGCAUUGCUCUUUAUGUGAAGAGACUAGGAUAAUUACCCCAAAAAAAAAAAAAAAAUUCAUUGAUCCUUUUUAAAGUUGUAAUUUAUCUGCAGGUGCUCUUGCGUAUUAUCUUUUUCAUUUCCAAACAUGGAUGUUGUUAAUAACUCUCAUUGAGUAUUGAUUUCCACUUGUGUCGAUCGAGUUAAAGACCGAGCAUUUAAUUGUU